AUGUCGUACACAAUCCGCGUGAGAGUGAUCCAGACCAAGCCCUCGGUUUGGUACAGCAUCGUGGAGAAGACGAACUGGAGUGGUUCAACUUGGAGCGACGUGGAUGGCGAGCAAUUCCUGAUUAUGGAAACAAGUGGCAAGUCUGGCAUGCUGCGCUUGAAGAACCACGCGGGCGAUGUGUUUAUAGUAGCUCUAGGAGUACACAACUACAAGCGGUGGUGCGACAUUGUCGUGAACCAGAAAUCUAAUCAAACCAGCGUGGACAUUCUCCCGACUUACUACAGCAGCGGGCCAGAAACGAGAUGCUGUGGAAGCAGCUGGCGUGCAUCCAGAAUUGCACCUCCCAGGGCAGGCUCGUCAGGGUAG